AAAAAUAAAUUCAAAUCCCCAUUUUUUUAAAACGAACUAUCUUCCUUCUUCUUCUUCCACCUUUUCGCUCUCCUCUGUUAGGAUUUUUCGCCGGAAUUCAAGAGAGAGAAAACUCAAUCUUUUUGCGAUAAUGGCGAAUGCGAAAUCCAUUUUUGGGUGGAGAUUAAGCAGGUUAUGGUUGUGUAUGUUGUUAUUAGCGGCUGCUAAAUUCGGGGACAAUUUCUGCAACUGCGCGAGAUCUGACCAGGAAAUGAGGGAGAGAUUUUACGGAAAUAAUAUCUACAAUUCGACGCCGCCGGAAGGGGAGGGUACUAUUGCUAAGAUGAUCGAUCAUGUUUUGGAGAAGGAGUUUUCUGAGAAUGAUCAGCCUGAAGCUUCUGAUGGAAGUAGUUUCAACAGCAGUGUAGCUGACAAGCAAGCUGAGCUUGAGACUGUUGCUAAAAUAUCACACGAGAAAGGCAAGAAGAAUGACACAGGAGAAGCAAAUGGAACAAAGGCCUUCCAGAUUCAAGAUGUCUUCUCUUUGGAUAAUGAAGAAUCUGAUGACAUGGCAACGUUGAUCGAUAAAAAGGAUAAUGUGUUUGUGAUGUCUAACAAGAAAUCAAAGUAUCCAAUCCUUCAAGUAGAUUUCAGGUUAAUUUCAGAUUUGGUUCUACUGAUUGUUUCUGCUGCUGUUGGUGGGAUUAUCUUUUCAUGUUUGGGACAACCGGUUAUUGUUGGCUACCUCCUUGCGGGAUCAAUGAUUGGGCCAGGAGGUCUGAAAUGUAUCAGUGAAAUGGUUCAGGUUGAGACUGUUGCACAGUUUGGUGUUGUUUUUCUUCUGUUUGCUUUAGGAUUGGAAUUUUCCAUGACCAAGCUUAGAGCAGUAGGGCCUGUUUCUGCUCUCGGUGGGAUGCUUCAGAUCAUCGUAUUCAUGUUUUUGUGUGGCAUAACUGCAAUGAUAUGUGGAGGAAAGUUGUCAGAGGGUGUGUUUGUGGGUUCUUUCUUGUCUAUGUCAUCAACAGCUGUGGUGGUAAAAUUUUUGAUAGAAAGAAACCAGAACAAUGCUCUACAUGGCCAAGUUGCUAUUGGGAUACUUAUCUUUCAGGAUUGCGCUGUGGGGUUACUGUUUGCAUUGCUACCGGUUAUGGGUGGUAACAGUGGUCUUCUGAAGGGAAUCAUCUCAAUGGGUAGACUGUUGGUGAUCUUGUCUCUUUACCUCGCUACAGCCUCUAUAUUAACAUGGUCAUUCAUACCCCGGUUUCUAAAGCUGAUGAUACAGCUGUCAUCUCAGACAAAUGAACUUUAUCAACUCGCUUUGGUUGCAUUCUGCUUGCUGUCUGCUUGGUGUAGUGAUAAGCUUGGUCUUAGUCUCGAAUUGGGAUCAUUUGUAGCUGGGGUCAUGAUCUCUACUACGGACUUUGCACAACACACUUUGGACCAGGUGGAGCCAAUUCGUAAUCUGUUUGCAGCUCUUUUCCUUUCCAGCAUUGGAAUGCUUAUACGUGUUCAAUUUCUUUGGCUUCAUGUGGAUAUAUUGGUUGCAUCAGUUAUUCUGGUGAUAGUGUUUAAGACAUCUGUUACAGCUGUAGUAACUAAGGCUUUUGGUUACAGCAUCAGGACAUCCCUUCUUGUUGGACUGUCACUUGCUCAGAUUGGAGAAUUCGCUUUUGUUCUUUUAAGUCGUGCCUCAAAUCUCCACCUUAUCGAGGGAAAAAUGUAUCUUUUACUUCUUGGAACAACUGCUCUUAGCUUGGUUACAACUCCUAUUCUGUUUAAAUUGAUGCCGGCUUUGACGCAUUUGGGAGUUCUCAUGCAUUGGUUCCCACCAGAAACCAGCAUACAGAAUGAGGAAAGGACUUCAAUGAUUGAUACACACAAUAGAAUGUUGUGACCUUCAAUUCGUACCAUCUUCAAAGCAGUAUUACUAAGCCUAAAGGAAGUCAUGGUGUCACACUAUCAGUUGUGAAUUUCAGAUGAUGGAUUUCUGCACCAAAAUGUUGAUUUUGACCUAACUUGAAAGAAAGUCUAGACUUGGGGUGGUGUAUAUAGCAAAUACUAUAAGGUUACACAAAAUUUUGUAUUCUUUUCGAUUGUGUGUACAUAUGGUUCUUCGCAGAUGUGUGCUCGUGAGCCUCUAGCGAUGAUGACUUCCACGAGUGGAAAAGAAAUUGGCAUUAUCAUUGGUCUUAGUUUAGUGUACACGAGCUAGGAAUAGACCAGGAAAGUUUGAAGUUGUGUAGAGUUUUUUGUAGUUGAUUGGAAGUUUUUUGUUUCCUUCAUAAGAUUCGAGUUUCCAUUGUAAGAUUUGUAACCUUUUAGUAAAAAAAAAAUUCACUUAGAGAAAGACAUUAACACAACACUUUCGAGUUGCAUGUAACACUUACUUUGAUUUUGUACUCAUCCUGCCCCUUUGCUCCUUUGAAGGCACUGGGGCAACGAUAAUGAAUGAUAUGCUUUUGCUUUCA